AUGGUGAUGAUGAGCGCCACCCCCGAGGCUCACGUGCGCGCCCAAGCCGAUGAGCAUCCCAUCGCUUUUCAAGCAGCUAGGAAACUCCUAGCUUUCAUCUGGAAGAACUGGCUGGUAUUUGGGUUCGGCAUCGCUUGUGUUCUGGGGUACUACUUCCCUCAUGUUGCGGCACGCGGCGGUGUUAUUCGAUCCGAAUACUCGAUUCUCUAUGGGGGAAUUGGAUUAAUAUUUUUCAUCAAUGGGAUGCAGCUUAGCCCAGCAAAGCUCAAAGAGCACUCGACAAACUGGCGCCUGCACAUCGUUGUUCAGGGGAUCAACCUAGUUCUCAUACCAGUCAUUCAACUAACCAUAGUUCGCAUAGUGAUAGCAGCCGGUGGAGUGAGCUCAGGAACGAUUGACCCUAGCAUCAUCGUCGGGAUGAUCGUGGUCGGCUGUAUCCCCACUACCAUCGCAUCCAAUGUGGUGAUGACGAGGAAUGCAGGUGGCGAUGAAGCCGCUGCUAUUAUCGAAGUGGUAAUUGGUAACGUGGUUGGCUCUUUUCUUUCGCCAUGGCUAAUUUACGGAUUCCUUCCUAGCGAGGAGGUUUUCGACUCACUUAAACCAGCAAAGGCUGGUACGAUAGGGCCAAUGUAUGCAAAUGUCAUGCAGCAGUUAGGCCUCAGCGCACUUCUUCCGCUUGCCAUCGGACAGGGCCUGCGUUGGACGUUUCCGAAACAGGUGGCUUGGACUCUGAAAACAUUUUACCUGGCACCAUUCUGCUCCGUAUUGAUGAUGCUAGUGGCCUGGUCUACUUUCUCGGGAGCAUUCCAAACCGGGGCACUGACCGCGUUACCCAAGUCGUCUGUCAUCUUCAAUGUCUUUAUGAAUGUGGCUGAAUAUGUUCUGUUUACUGGUAUUUGUUAUUGGAUAGCCUCACCUCCAGAACGGUUGGCCAGGCUGGUCAAUAGCUACAUGGCUGAUUCCCGGCUGGUUUCAUACCUGCCUAACAUCAUAAGGAGGGCGUUGACGGUGAAGAGGAUGCCCAAGGAGCUUGUUAUUGCUGUGUGUUUCUGUGGAGCAGCGAAGACGACGAGCGUAGGAAUUCCCUUGACUGGGGCCAUGUGGUCUCAGCUCGACAACUUCACCAUAGCAUCCAUUCAAGUACCGGUUCUCUUAUAUACAGUAGAGCAGGUGUUUGUGGCACAAUUCUUUACUAUAUUUUUUGAGUGGUGGAUUUCGCGAGACAAGAAAGGAGAACCAGAUACGGAAUCGACUACAAGUAGAGAGCAAAGACUAGCGGUAGAUGGGCAGGAAGAUGGAAUUGUGCAGGGGAAUCAGGAUAGAAAGGGGGAUAGAGAUGAAGAUAAAGGCGGCCAAGUUUCAACAGAUUUGAGGAACGCAAACAUGUCGAUUGAGAAGAACGUGUAG